AUGGACAAGGCUAUGGAAUGGCUGAAGAAGAAGGGCAUGGCAAAAGCCGACAAGAAAGCUGGCAAUGUGGCAGUGGAGGGCUGCGUGGCCUCGUAUGUCCACUUCAACAACAAGAUCGCAGUCCUGGUAGAGGUGAACAGUGAGACCGAUUUCGUUGCCAGCAACGCGAUCUUCAAGGAGUUCACUGCUGAUGUCGCCAUGCAAAUUGCAGCCAACUCUGAUGUGGGGUACGUGACCACGGAUGAUGUUCCUGCGGCGGAGAUGGAGAAAGAGAAGCAGCUUGAAAUGACCAAGGAGGAUCUGGAAGGCAAGCCAGAUGCGAUCAAGGAGAAGAUUGUGGGAGGCCGCUUGAAGAAAAAGUUCGAGGAGAAGGCAUUGAUGAGCCAGAAAUGGUUGAAGGACGAGGACAUCACUGUCCAGGAAGCCGUCAAGCAGACCAUUGCAAAACUUGGCGAGAACAUCGUCAUCAGGCGUUUCCAGCGCUUGACUUUAGGCGAGGGCCUGGAGAAGAAGGACGACGACUUCGCCGCUGGAGUAGAGAAGGAGCUUGCCAAGUACAAGAACGCAGGUGGAGAGGCAAAGGAGGAGAAGAAGGAGGAGAAGGAAGAGAAGAAGGAAGAAAAGCAGGAGGAGAAGAAAGAGGAGGAGAAGAAGGAAGAGAAGCCGAAAGUUGCAGUCUCUGCAGCACAGGUGAAGGAGCUGCGCGGCCGGUCUGGCGCAGGAAUCCUCGACGCGAAGAAGGCCUUGACCGAAUGCGAAGGAGACAUGGACAAGGCCAUGGACUGGCUCAAGAAGAAAGGCAUGGCCAAGGCUGACAAGAAGGCUGGGAACCUCUCCGCAGAGGGCGUCAUCGCCUCCUAUGUGCACUUCAACUCAAAGCUGGGCGUGCUCGUGGAGGUUAACAGUGAGACCGACUUCGUCGCCAUCAACUCGAUCUUCAAGGAGUUUGCGUCGGACGUUGCAAUGCAAAUCGCAGCCAACCCAGAUGUGAACUUCAUCUCCGUCGACGAUGUGCCAGCCGACAUGAUGGAGAAGGAGAAGGCUCUUGAGAUGGAGAAAGAGGACCUGGCAGGCAAGCCGGAUGCCAUCAAGGAGAAGAUUGUGUCCGGACGUCUCAGGAAGAAGUUCGAAGAAAGCGCCCUGCUGAGCCAGAAGUGGCUCAAGGAUGAGGACAAGACCGUGCAGGAGGUCUUGAAAGAGCGGAUUGCGAAGCUGGGUGAGAAUCUCGUCAUCCGACGCUUUGCCCGCCUCCAGCUUGGAGAAG